AUGAAUGGAUUAUGUACCAUGUAUAUGCCCAAGGCUUUUCUAGAUAUUCUACAACAGCUGUAUGAGUUACACAUAAUUGACAUCAAUAAAGCAUACUCAGGGAAAACUGGCCUGCAAAUAGCUUGUGAGAAUGGAUAUGUAGAUAUUGUGAAGUGGCUUCUAGAGCAUGGAGCGGAAAUGAAAAACGCUUAUGAUGAGAACUCUGAAUUUUAUCUGGCAACCUUAAAUGGAAACCAAGAUGUUCUUGCUGUUUUGUUGAAGCAAAAAGCAGGAAUGGUAGCAGAUAAAGAUAUCCAGUACUGUCUGUUAUAUGCUGCUUGCAAGGGAGGUCACUUAGAAUUAGUAAAAAGGUGGUUUUCACCAGACAUGGAUGUGACAGAGAAAACAUUUUACAUCUCUGAUCUGUCAAAAUGUGAGCAGAUGUAUCCAUUGUUUGCUGCAUGUGAAGGAAAUCACUUUGAAGUUGCCACAUUCUUAAUACAAGAAGGUGAAGCUGCCAUUACCAGAGAUAUUUGUUAUUACUUCCCAGAAUUCAGUGCUAGACUCGUCAGAUCUUUAUUUUUAAAGUCUGAUACAAAUGGUCAGCAGUUUUUCCACCUGUCAAAACGAAAGAUUGAAUACCUUCUGCCAUGCUGGUUUUGCGAACCUGAAAAACAGAAUGUGGAUGCAGAUAUCUGUGAAGAAGCUAAAAUUGAGGUGAACAAGGAUGAAGACACAUUUGACAUUGUAAUUGACGCACACGAAAACAGGCUGCAGGAGUUACCGGAUGAUGUUUUGUGGUCUUUAAUAAAUCUCAUUUCAUUAAAUGCAUCGCACAAUCCACUGAAGUCAAUUCCCAGUGCAUUUAAUCCUGGUUCACUGCAUUUGAAUGGAUUAAAGAUACUGAAUUUUGAACAUUGUCUUUUGGAAUCUAUUUCCUCUGACGUGUUCAGUCUCCCAUGUCUUGAACAGGUGAACUUGUCUCAUAACAGAUUGCACACCUUGAGUGUGACAGAUGAUGCGUGCCAUACAGCCUGGAAAUGUACAGAGCUUAAGAGCUUAGAUAUCUCCCAUAAUUUGCUUGAAUCCGUUCCCUGCAGCAUUCAAGUCUGUGCACGUUUGAUCUCACUCAACGCCAGCCAUAAUCAGCUUCAGACAAUAUGCAUGCCUUGGCAGUGCCCUAUGGAAAGCCUUGACCUCUCCUUCAACAAGCUGUCAACAUUUCCACCAAGUGCCUACCAGUACUGGGGAAAAACAUUGAAGAAACUUCACCUGCACCACAACCUGAUGACUGAGUUGGCAGAGAGUAUUGUCAGAAUGCGCAAUCUUUCACACCUGGAUGUUUCGCACAACAAGAUUCAACAAAUGCCACAUCCUGGCCUCUGGUGUUGUCCUCUGUUUUUCUUCAACUUGAAUCACAACAUGCUGGUUUCUUGUCUGGCAUCCACCUUGAAUGAGUUGUGCAUAGCCAACAACCGUCUGGAGGAGGUGCCCUCAAGUAUAAGUGAUUUGAGAAAAUUAUUCAUCUUGGACAUAAGCGACAACAAAAUCAGAAGUCUGCCUCUUGAACUGGGCAAGCUGAGGAGUCUGGCUAUUCUGAAGGUCAAAGGUAUCAAAGUUAAGGACACAGAGCUGGGCAGACUGAUAACUUCUUUAGACAGCGGUGUAAAAGAUGUAUAUGCCAGCAGUAUUAUCCAGUACCUGGACAGAGCACGUAGAAAAUGUAUCCAUGCUGGCAUCUUAAAAAUUAUUGUACUUGGAUGUAAGAACAAAGAUGGUUAUUGCAUAGUACAGGAACUUGCCAACAAAAGAAACGUCCAAGCAGCUGAACAUGAGGUAAGAGCUAAUUUGAGCUCGUUAUUUUGGUACCAUGUUAUAAAUGUAUCUUAUAUGUUGGUUUUCUCUGCCAAACAGAAGAAAGUAAAGCUGAAAAUCUGGGAACUCCCGGAUUCCAAAGUUACCUCUAGUAUCUUGCCUUGUUUCCUGACCUUGAACUCACUAUAUUUGAUUGUCCAUGAUGUCAGCAUCUAUGGUGCCGAUGUACAUUCAGUUUCAGAGAAAGUGGCAUCUAUUCAGGCCUGUGUUUUACGCCCCCACGUAAUAGUUGUGUGCAUAUACUCAAAGCUGUUGGACCAGGAUGAGCAAAAAAGACUAGAAAAGGAUAUAUUUUCUAAAUUAGGGAAAAUAUUGCCAAAAGCAAUGCUUGUUUCGGUCAUAUCUGGAGACUGUUGCAAUUCUCGAACUCUGCAGCAAGCAGUAAAUAGUUUGUGGGAAACUAUGUCUGAUGCUGCAUAUGAUCCAAAUGCAAAAAUUUGUCAGAGACAAGUGCCAAGGAAGUUUCUAGAAGUGAUAGAAAAUCUGGCCAGAUUCAAGAAAAACAUCUGCAGGAUGAGUGAACUUUUGCAGGCUGUCAACUGUAACAUUAAGGAUCUAGAGGAUGGGUUAGACCAAAAUUUGACCUUGCGUAACUUCCUGUUACAAGCUGGUGGCAUGCUGCACUACAACAUGCAUGUGGGUGAACUGUCUGACUGUGUCAUUCUAAACCCUGCAUGGCUGUUUGAUCUACUCUUAAAGUUCUUACAGAAUGUGAUGACUCGGAAUAGCAAGAAAGCUGGACAAUUGCCAUUAAGGACUGUGAGAGACAGACUUCAGGAAAUACUACCAGCAGGAAAUUAUGACUAUUUUCCUGCCAUUCUGAAGCUAAUGGAGGCCUUCAACAUUGGAGUACGACUGAUGGACAAUACAAGCAAGGAGGAAGAAAUCUUUCUGGUUCCCUCACUGCUUCCCAAGCAGCCUCCAGAGUACCAGGUGGAUGCGGACAAGGACGCAUGUAAAGCUGCCCGCCUCUAUUGUCUACCAGCUGUUCCACCAGCUUUAUGGAGCAACCUGAUAUCCCAGCUGAUCUUAGCUUUUAACCGUUAUUCAGCCUCCAGAUGGAGUCUUGGGGAACAGAAGUCUCAAGCUAGCAGAACAAACUCUAACAGCAGGUCUUUUAUGACCAGUGGUCAACCCAGCUUGCGAGGACUCCACAUCAGUAACAAGAAUAUUCAGUACUGGAGAACAAUGAUCAUGAUGUACUACGAUCAGGGCCACGUGGUUGUGGAGGAAGUUGAGUGCAAGUCCAGUUCUGAAGCCUCAGCACCAGGAAUUUUGGUAACAGUACAGACAACAGGGAGUGGAAAAGCUGAUGAUCUGUGUGAACAGAGUCCAAAUAGAAAUGAAAAGAAACUUUCCAUAUUGGGGAUAGUAUUAGAUGAACUGGAGGAGAUUCUGGAGCGUUUUAACCCAAAAUUCCGAGACCUGUAUGAUGCCAACUUGAGCGAGGUCUAUGCUAUCUGUCCACGCUGUUAUGACAUCAAGCCUGGCUUAGGUAGUAUCAGUCUCAGCGGCAUUCACUUCACAGUUAAAGAUUGUGCUCAGAUGCUUCUAUCAGUAAAUGCAGUCGUGUGCCAAAGUGGCCCAUCCUCUUUAAGUUGUCUUGUGCCAGAAUUAAUGUUCAUGGAGCUGCCAUCAAAAAUGCAUUUGUCACCAAAUGAUCUUAUUUUGACUGACGUUAAACUGGGUCGUGGAAUGACAGGAGAUGUAAGAAAGGGAGUCUAUAGGGGCACUGAUGUUGCCGUGAAAGUCUUCUAUAACCCAGAUGAAAGACCUUUUGUGCCAAAUAAUCCCAGUAUCAAAUACAACAAUGUAGCAGAUGCAGCUACAGAAUUCAAAGCCAAACAGUAUGAAAUUAACACAGAACAGAUCAAGAUUAGCAAUGCAUUUACUGAUGUUCGGCGAGAAGUUGGAAUCCUCAGUAAGCUCAGCCAUGAAUUCAUUGUAACUUUCAUUGGCUUGUGCAUCAGGCCGCAGCUAUUGCUGGCAAUGGAGUUGGCUCCCUUUGGUAGUCUGAGAACACAGCUGGAUAAGAAAGUUCCAGCUGGGCUUCGUGAAAUACAGCACAUGGACAAAGUCAUUUCACAGUCAGUUUUCAGCAAAGAUCUGACUUAUAAGAUUAUUCUUCAGAUUGGAAGUGGCUUGUGUUACCUGCAUAAAAACAGCAUUAUCUAUCGGGACCUGAAGCCAGACAACAUCCUUGUGAUGUCCCUUUCAGUUGAAGAUCGUGUCAAUGUGAAACUGUCAGACUACGGCAUUUCCAAGUUUAAAACCCUCACUGGUGUCACUGGGGUGUUUGGAACUGUGGGAUAUAUGGCUCCUGAAAUGUUGCUGAAGCGACCAUACACAGAAAAGGCAGAUAUGUACUCAUUUGCCGUAGUUAUAGCUGAGAUUCUGACAGGCAUAUCUCCAGUAGACUGCCAAUUUUUGCCACGCUUGUCCUAUGUUGAUACCACUGGAGCCACACCUGGUCACCUUAAGGAUUAUCAAAUCAAGUGUCAUUUUCCUGCUCUGGAAAGUCUCAUGAAAGAGUGUUGGAGUCAGGAAAUGGAUGACAGGCCAUCUUCAGUAGAAGUCUUUAAAAUGAUUAAAUCUGACCAGUUUUUGCUUCUGUACGAUUCUUUAAUACUGGACAGAAAAGCUGAAGAUAAUUUAGAAGUAACUUGUGUCUAUGCCUGUCAGACUCAUGGACGAUGGAGAAUCUGGGUCAGUGAGAGUGGCCAGGGAAACAGCAGGUUCAUCAGUGUCUACGAUGUUGAGACAUCUGGUUCAUGGUGUAUAGAAAGUUGUGCUGAAUUAAACAGCUUGGAGGUCAUAGAGCGAGGCAAUCAAAGCAACUUUGAAGUUUGUUGCAGUGUCACUUUAGACGCAGUGGCGACAAAAAUUGUGAAUCAUGUAUAUGAGAAAUCAGAGAGCUUUCUUCUCAUAGGCCUUGAGAAUGGUUGUCUCACCACAAUCCAUUCAAGAUCAUCUCCAUGCAAAUCUGUGACAGCUAGUACAAAUACAGAGCUACACAGAGCCACUCCUAUUGCAGACAUCUGUUCAGUUGACUUCUAUCGAAUUGCAGUAGCCUGUGGCAUGGCAGUUUGCUUUCUGAAUGUAACCUUGCCUGAUUGUCAAGAAGGUGUGAAGGGUAUCUGGAUACCUGAGCUGGUCAAUAGUGGCAUGGUGUCUAUGAAACAUGUUGCUGAUGUUUAUAGUCCUGUAGUUGCACUGGUUGCUGAAGGAAAUUCUGUUUGGUGCUGUUUGGAGAACAGCUCCUGUUUGGUGAAAAUCAAUGUGGAUCUGAUGAGAAUUGUGCUGAUUGUAACCGUUAGUUGGAGUUCUGUGAGUGAUGCAGUGAGACUAGAAGAAAUGGACAAAGUUGAAAGACCACCUUUGCGGUUGUUUGCUUCAGACAGUGCUGCUGAAUUAAGAAUUUCCAAUGAUGACAAAUAUGCCCUUGCAUUAGCCAGCGGUUGCCGAGUAUCUGUAGAUGAUGAUGUUUUCUCCAAAAAAGAACCGAGUGAAAUGGUUGGAAUGCAUUGUUCUUCAGAAUCUGACAUUUGUGCUGCUAAAAGCAUUUCUGAAGAACUUGUUUCUGCUUCUGAAAGCAAUGAUUUCACAAGGAAUAGAAGUCAGACAACAAACAAUAAUGACAAACCACCAUUGCCACCGCCACGAAGAAAUAAAUCUGCCCUUGAAAGAGCUGUUAGUAUGCCAGGGCUUCAGGAGAAGCCACCUUUGGUUCCAGAAAGAUCCCACUCCCAAGAAAACAAUAUCUCUAUCACUAGUCUGUGUGUAACCUGUGACAUCUUGGCCAUAGGCACCAGUAAUGGGGGCAUAUCGUUGCUGCCACUGGUUUACCACACAGAUUCUGAUAAAUCUGGCAGUCCUCCAAGUUUACCUUUUCAGUUGCCAUUGUUAAGACACCCCACCACAAGAAAAGAGCAUACAGUGAAAUCACAGUUACAGAAUGUUUUUGCCAGGCAGGGUAAACAAUCUGCAGGAUCAAUUUUGUGUCUAACUUUAGCAGGAAAGAAUCUUGUCUCUCUUUAUUGUCCAGCUCAGGUUUCACAUCGAAUUAGUAGUAGAACUGAUGGCGGCAGAAAAAGAUUCGGAAUCAUAAUUAAUGGUAACCAGUUAAACAUAUGCAAUGAAGCUGACAAAGAUACACAAGACUUUGUACAAACUCCAAAAGGCAAUGCUGAAAGUGUCGGUUGUCGUAAGGAGCUGCCAGUUUCGUUCCAACAUUUCACAUCUUCUGACACAGAUAAAAUGCAGCUACCUGAAGUUGCUGAUAUUGCAGUCUGGGAUAACAUCUCAUGGAACAGGCUACAAACUGUUCGAUCCUAUGGCCAUGAAUUGAUUGGUUGUAAUGGAUGGUGCUGUCUUGCACCUAGCCUUGCUGGUUCAUCUGCUUCAAGUAGCUAG